AUGAUCUUCAAUCUCUGGGUCCUCGUGCUGGGACUAGGGCUAUUUCUGGCUGUGGAUGCGCGACGCCCCCAGCCGAUCGGAAUUGAUCUGGGCCCUGAGUUACUUACUGCUGCGUAUGCCCACACGUCAGAUAAUGUUUCGGUGAUCGCUGCGGUUACUCCUGGACCUGACGAUAUUUAUGUUCGCCAUAUGUUUCUCCUCCGGCUGGAGUUCGCAGACCGUCAUGAUAUUAUGCGUCCAUGGCGUAAACCCGCGCAAUGGAGCUUGAAAGGAUAUUUAUCCAAUCUCAGCCAGCAGUGGAUGACUGAACUGAAUUCGUUUCUUGACAAACCGGCACUGCGGGGCUCACAGGUAUUCUCAUUUGCUCGCACUGUAUUUCGUACUAUCCUAGAGGCAGCCUCAUACACUCGGAGGCUUGUCAAUCCUAGGUAUAACGAGGAAUUGAGAUUAAGCGAUGUCAAAGCAGGAUUUGUUGGUAUGCUACGACAGCUGAAGCAGAAAGCUGCUACCGAUAGUGAUAUUGACCUCAAGUAUGCUGUCAUAGCAGUACCUGAGUUCUUUAACCAGACCCUCCGGGAGAUGGUGGCAGACGCAAGUAGGGAGGCAGGAAUCAAGUCGGCUCUCACACCUGUUUCUAGAACGACUGUGUCGACAUUUGUCUCUACAUCCACGAUAGCGAGUCCCCCGGGUCUGAAUUAUGCAGUCAUAGAUCAUGGAAUGUUUUAUCUAGAUGUUAGUGCUGGGGCUGACGGCGGGAAAAGUGAGCGGGAGCGCAAUUAUCAAUAUUUCCCUGCUUUGCAAUUUGGCAGCACAAUGAUCGAUCGCUAUAUUACGGACCGACUCGUUGAUCGCGAGGAAGAUCUCAGUAUGGAGAUCGCAAUUGGGGCCUCUAAAACCGAGCUCUAUGGCCCCGUCAGACAGGCCCGAACCUUGAUCCGUGAUGAUCUUGAUUCCCAGCUCCUGGGGUCUAAAAAAGACGAGGAUCAUCACUUUGAUGAGUAUCCUCUUGACCUGACGAGCUGGGGUUCUGGACAAUCCCAGGCUGUUUUACCAUGGGAAGACGUACAUGCUGCCGAGAGACGUUUCGUUGGGGUAGUCGCUUCUAACCUGAUAUCGUACCUUAAGGUUUUGAGAUACCGCCGUUUACCUGAUACUCCACUUGACAGUCUCAUGCCCGACCACGUCGACCGAGUUGUGCUUCUAACUACCGGCCCUGAUGGUCAUCUAUUAAAACAAGCAGUUCGAGAGGGUCUUGGGGACCACAUUGAGAUUAUCGGAGAUACACUGCGAGAGUCCUUCUCGCUGGCCGCGCUUGGAGCUGCACGUGGUGCUUUAGUUGCUAUGUCGCCUGGGAUAUGUCGCAAGCCAUCUGAACAACGUGGUGUAUUUGACCAUGAGCUUUAGAAUGGUAACGAAGAAGUAACAAACCUGAUUGUAUUGUUGAUAACUGAAAUAAUAUAUCUGAGAAGAAAGCACAUAAUAUACCCCAUAUCCUAU